AUGUCCCGAGCAUCUCAGAUCACAUUAGCGACUACUUGCGCGACUGCUAUUGGCGUCGUUGCAUUCGUUCACUUUGCGCAGAAGCAGGACAAGGCUGCUAUGCACGCCGGUGUUAUCCGCGACUACGAGCAACAACGAAUCAAACGUGAACGACAGGCCGAUUUCGAGAUGCAGAAGGCUCUUCAAGAAGAGUACCUGAAGUAUCAGACCGUCCACGACAGCAGCACACCUGAACCACCACAAGGGACACCUGGAAAAUAG